AGCUUAUACUCGAAUGAUUGAUAAAUCUGUGCGCCGGCCUCACCUAGUCGCUUAUCAUAAUGGUAGAUACGCUGGACGUGGUCCUUGACUCUUUGAACAUAGCAUGCGCCAUUUGCAACGGAUUCCAGGGGAAAUGGAAAGCUGGGACCGUGGCUGAAUCGCAGAGACGGCGUGGAAACCGAAACCACAUUAUCCCUAGAUUCACAUGGGAUGAGUUGCAGAGUUCAGCAAAGUCGUGUUACUGCUGUAGCAUCCUUGAAUCUGGGUGCCGCGGGUGCUUUGAUCAGCACGGGAUCAGAGAGUCAGAUAUACUCCACGGAAGCCUCAGAUUCAUCUACCCUUUCUUUUCUGACACAGCGGAUGAAGAGGAUGCGGACAAGGAAUUGACCUUUCUGUUGGCAGAUGGGCGGCGUUUUGAAAUUGAACUGUUUGCUACCGAGAGUGAUGAUUGUCCCAUUCCAGAUUCCUGGGACUACCUACCUGUCUCAAGGAGAACGUCGCCGCGGACUGAUUCUACGAUAGCACUAGCCACCAUAAAGGACUGGAUCGAAGAUUGUAUCACCACACACACAUUUCCAGAUGAAGGCCUCUGUGACCCUCCUACGUCUUCACAUCUUCCAACACGAGUGGUAGACGUUGGCCUCGAUGACGGGGUAGUGAAGCUGGUUGAAACGAAAGCGGCAGAGGGCACUUAUCUCUGUCUUAGCCACUGCUGGGGGCUCACUGAAAUCAUUACAACUACUAGGUCAACAUACGAAGAACGCAAAAGGAGGAUAGCCUGGGAAGACUUGUCGAAUACUUUUCGGGAUGCCAUUUCCCUGACAAGGACCCUCGGCUUCAAAUACAUUUGGAUAGAUUCUCUUUGCAUCGUUCAAGAUGAUUAUAGAGAUUGGGAGAUUGAAUCGGCUAACAUGGCUUCCGUGUACAGAAACAGUCACUUGACGAUUGCUGCAACACGUUCUGCCAACGGUCAUGGGGGUCUUUUCUCACGCACGGAAGAUUUUGAAGUCUUCGGCAAGACUCCAGAUGGGGAGGACUACUUUCUUUACUUCCGAGAACGGAUUGAUCACCACAUUGAGAACUCUGAAUCUGACGAGUUUCCGGGGUAUCCAACCUUGACCUACCAUCCUCUCCUAACCAGAGCAUGGGUCUACCAAGAGCGCAUGCUUUCGCCUCGUGUUCUCCACUUUGGCCGGUACGAAGUGUCAUUUGAAUGCAGAUCACUCAUUCAAUGUGAGUGUGGGUCCAUCCCGUUUUACGGUAUAUCUAAGGUAUCCCCCGUGCCUCUGAUCAAAUUAGAGCACGCCACUUCGCUCUGGGACUAUCGUCACUAUCGUGAAGUCUACGGAGACCAAUACCGAGCCGAGGUCGAGUAUCAAGGCGCACGCUUGUGGCGCACCAUGAUCUGCUCCUAUACGGCACUUCUCCUGACGAAAUCAAAGGAUAGAUUGCCUGCCAUCGGUGGCUUGGCUAAAGAAAUGGCUGCUGUGAGGAAGUCGAGAUACCUGGCUGGUCUUUGGGAAGACGCGCUUAAUGACGAUCUUCUCUGGACAAUCAAUGCGACAUCGAAGUAUAAGAAACCAAGACCUUUUCCUCGAAAUGCCCCAACAUGGUCUUGGGCGAGUGUGGAGACGUGGACUUCGUACUGGGACGAGAUCAGUUUUAGCACUAUAGAAGAGGGGAACUUCGAAGAACGAUUACCUUAUGAACAUUUCAGCAAGAUUGAACAUUGUGAAGUCAACUGGUCGGCGAUCGACGAGUUCGGAUCGAUCGCUCACGGAUCUCUGACGAUAUCUGGUCUGGUAGCGAAGGGUAUACUUGAACGCGAAGUAGAGAUACAGGACGGUGCAGAAAGCAUCGUCCACUAUGUAUCUUUUCCAAACACGCGAUUGGCUAUGAAGUCGGAUUAUCUUCUAGAUUUUGAAGGUCCCGGUCAGACGAGCCCUAUGAUCUCGGUUUUUUGUCUUCGCAUGAGCCUCAUACAAGAAGGUCCAACAGACAACUUGAUAUCCCUCGUUUUGAAGAGGUCCCCUGAAUUCCCUAAUUGUUUCGAGCGGAUUGGUACUAUGACAAUCUCGGGUAGUCGACGCUCUGUGGAUUCGAAAGGAGGAGUGUUUGAAACAGCAGAGUUACAGACCAUAGUCAUCGUUUGACUUCUAACGGCCCGAACUGUGUAGAGUAUAUAUUCCACUGUCUGGCCGUUCCGUCAGUUGAAGCCCUCCUUCAUGGGUCAUGUAGAAGGGAACCGUAUCUAUGCUACUGAGCUGGGGCAGAAUGGAGAGAUGUAGGUAGGUACAGUAUUGUUGAUAAGGCGCAGACUAACUUAGGUACUUAUUCUGUGUCGUCUUCAGAGAAUGGCAUCUUGAUGAUCCAAAACUUGCCCUAUGAAAUC